CGCAUAAUUACUGAAUUUUUUCAGACCAUUUUUUAACAUAAGAACCUAAUCCUCGCUAUUUUCGAAUCUACUGAAUCGAUUGAAUAGAGUAGAACAAUAGAGCGGCGUGUUCGAUAAAGUCAUUUCUUGCCUUACCUUACUGAUCGUGAUCGAAUCAAUCAGCUGUUUUCGUCCGUGAAUUGCGGCACCAGAAAAAGUGUAGUUGACAGAGAGAAGAUCCAUCCGUGAAUUGCGGAUUAUUGAUGAUAAAUAAUUUAUAUAAAAAAAUAUAAGGUAUGAAAACCGCAUCUCAUCAACGAUUAGUGAUGGUUGGCGAUCGUGACGGAUUAAAAGAAUUACUGCGUCGAAGACUCGUUGAGUGUGGAUGGCGGGACCAAGUGAAGAUUAUCUGCAAGGAAUUAGUUAAAGAACAUGGACCCGACGUUAAUUAUGACACAUUGCUCGCAAUGGCUACAAGCAGAGCGAGAAGUCUUGUUCCAGACUCCGUGAAAAAAGAACUAUUACAAAAAAUCAAAAGUCAAUUGCUUGCACAAGAAGAGAAAUUGAAAAUGGGAUGAAUCUCUUACGGAAAUAAAAUAGGAUUAUUCAUAAACGUCACUUCAUCAUCGCUUAAUGUUGAAAUUUAUCGCAACUCAUUAGCUUCUCUAGCUAAUGAAAAUAAUGAGAAUUCAUACGUUCCAUCAACAAUUUACUAUCUUAUUUUGUACCAACAGAAUAAAUUCAUAUUAUUUGUA